AUGACCAUUUCUGAUGAAAGCCCACCACCGGAAGUCAGGAGUGCGAAGUCGGAUGCACUGGGGCCCAAAUCCAUCCUUCGUGUUGGGGCAUGGAAUGUCCGCACCAUGUUUGAGACCUCCAAAACAGCUCAAGUUAUCAAUGAGAUGAAGAGAUACCGACUAGACAUCCUGGGUAUCAGCGAAUGCCGUUGGAUAGGAUCAGGACGUCUCACGACAAACGAUGGCUCACUUAUCCUGUACUCUGGACACGAGAGCACACACAGUCAUGGGGUAGCCAUCAUUCUCUCGAGAGAGAAGGCCAGAACUCUCAUGGAAUGGGAGCCUAUCAGUGAGCGGAUUGUUAGAGCGCGUUUUGACUCAAAGUACUGUAAGCUCACUAUCAUUCAGUGCUACGCACCAACUAACGACGCUGAGGCUGAUGUGAAAGAUGACUGGUAUGAGCAACUACAAGUGGCAGUAUCAAGAGUCCCACAGCACGACCUACUCCUAGUCAUUGGUGACCUUAAUGCAAAAGUGGGAGCUGACAAUUCUAACUCUGAGAGAGUGAUGGGGCCCCACGGAUAUGGGGUGAUGAAUGAGAACGGUGAACACCUGGUUGACUUCUGUAUGAACAACAGGCUGGUCAUUGGAGGAACCAUUUUCCCGCACAAGACCAUUCAUAAGCUCACUUGGACAUCACCUGAUGGAACCACAACAAACCAGAUCGACCACAUCAUUAUCAAUGGCAAGUGGCGAAAGUCCCUUAAAGAUGUUCGAGUUUACCGGGGAGCUGAUGCCAACAGUGACCACUUCCUUGUCGCCUCCUCCAUCAGGCUGAAACUCCGGAAGCUCGGCUCACUUAUCCUGUACUCUGUACACGAGAGCACACACAGUCAUGGGGUAUCCAUCAUUCUCUCUCGAGAGAAGGCCAGAACUCUCAUGGAAUGGGAGCCUAUCAGUGAGCGGAUUGUUAGAGCGCGUUUUGACUCAAAGUACUGUAAGCUCACUAUCAUUCAGUGCUACGCACCAACUAACGACGCUGAGGCUGAUGUGAAGGAUGACUGGUAUGAGCAACUACAAGUGGCAGUAUCAAGAGUCCCACAGCACGACCUACUCCUAGUCAUUGGUGACCUUAAUGCAAAAGUGGGAGCUGACAAUUCUAACUCUGAGAGAGUGAUGGGACCCCAUGGAUGUGGGAUGAUGAAUGAGAACGGUGAACACCUGGUUGACUUCUGUAUGAACAACAGGCUGGUCAUUGGAGGAACCAUUUUCCCGCAAAAGACCAUUCAUAAGCUCACUUGGACAUCACCUGAUGGAACCACAACAAACCAGAUCGACCACAUCAUUAUCAAUGGCAAGUGGCGAAAGUCCCUUAAAGAUGUUCGAGUUUACCGGGGAGCUGAUGCCAACAGUGACCACUUCCUUGUCGCCUCCUCCAUCAGGCUGAAACUCCGGAAGGUCAUUCCACAGAGUCAACAACGGAAACGGAAACAACUGGACAUCUCCAAACUCAAGUGUCCUCGUACCAAGACUGCAUUUGUUCUCGACCUGAAGAACUGUUUCAGCGCUCUAGCAGGAGAAGAUAGGAUUGAAGCAAACAAUGUCAGCCAGAAAUGGGAUACCAUCAAGAGUACUUACUGCACCACAGCAGAAGCAGUCCUUGGCUUCAAGAAGAAGAACAAGGAAUGGGUAACACCAGAAACAUGGAAGCUUAUUGAUGAAAGGAGAAUCCUGAAAGAGAAGCUGUUGAAUACCAAAUCACCUAGGCUCGUAGAACAAGACAGAGCAGCCUACAAGAGCAAGGAUAAGGAGGUGAAGAAAAGUGCUAGGAGUGACAAGAGAGUCUUUGUGGAAAAGCUAGCUAGUGAGGCUGAACAGGCUGCAGCACAAGGUGACAUGGGUACUGUCUACAAGAUCACCAAACAGCUUAGCGGAAGCCACAACAACAGCCAUUCUGCUCUGGUGAAAGACAGGAACGGUAACACUCUGUCCACAGAGCGUGAGCAAGCAGCACGGUGGGUUCAGCACUUCAAGGAGGUCCUUAACCACCCUGACCCCAGUGAACCAGCUAAUCUCACACCCACAGAUGGUAUCCUGGACAUCAACACAGAUCCGCCCACCAGAGAGGAAGUCAGGAAUGCUAUCAUUGCUAUGAAAAACGGCAAAGCUUCUGGCAUUGACAACAUCCAUGCAGAAAUGCUGAAAGCUGAUGUUGGCAUGGCCACAAACUUGCUGACUGACCUCUUCAGUACCAUCUGGGAGAAGGACACGAUACCAGACGAUUGGACAAAGGGUCUCAUUGUAAAGCUCCCCAAGAAAGGCAACCUCCACGAAUGUGACAACUGGCGUGGGAUCACUCUCCUAUCCAUCCCCAGCAAGAUCUUCUGUCGAGUUCUGCUAAAGCGUAUUGACCGAGCCAUUGACUCCAGACUCAGAGAGGAGCAAGCAGGUUUCCAGAAAGGAAGGGGAUGCAUUGACCAGAUCUACGCCCUGCGCAACAUCAUCGAGCAGUGCCUGGAGUGGAACACGCCUCUUUACAUCAACUUUGUCGACUUCAAGAAAGCCUUUGACAGUGUGCACCGGGAGACAUUGUGGAAAAUACUGCUGUCAUAUGGUGUCCCAGCGGAGAUCCGUCUAUCCAUAGUUGCAUACUGA